AUGAGCAUAUGCAACAGAAAGAAUGAGAAACAUCUGCAUUCGUUGGGGGGUCAGGAACAUGAGCAUUUCAUCACUGUGCUGCAGCUCAUCUCCAUUGUCCUCUUGGCUGCUCUGCUCAUGGCUAUCCUUUUCAAAGGUUCUGAGGUUCCUACAUCCCAAGAGCAUGAUCAUGAAAAGCAACGCAUUCACCAGAAACUGGAUCAGCUGAAGGCUAAACUAGACCACCUGUGCCGUCCCUGCUCCUGGGACUGGAUGUUCUUCCAAGGAAACUGUUACUUCUUCUCUACAUUCCAAGAGAAAUGGAAGGAAUCUGUCAAGGCCUGCAAGGACAUGGGGGCACAGCUAGUGGUCAUAAAAAGUAAUGACGAGCAGAGCUUCCUGCAGGGAAUUUCUAAGAAGAAAGGCAAUUCCUGGAUGGGUCUGUCAUACAAUAAGAAGGAAAGCAAGUGGCAGUGGGAGGAUGGCUCACCGCUGCAAGGGAGGUAA